CUCUGUUAUAUAUACCAUCGACAAGCUAUUCAUCACCCCUACACAAAACCACAAGCAAGUUUAAGCCUUUCUCCUCCUCACUCACUUGCUAUGGCGACUCUCAAAGCUUCCGUUUUGCUCAGUGACAUCUCCAAAGAUGAGGGACAUCUCGGAUCCGGUGCCAUUCAUGUUAUCACGGGUCCUAUGUUUUCCGGGAAAUCCACAUCUCUCCUCCGCCGAAUCAAGACAGAGAUCAGUGUCGGAAGAAGUGUUGCGAUGGUGAAAUCGAGUAAGGAUACGAGAUACGCCAAGGAUUCAGUGGUGACGCAUGACGGAAUCGGAUUCCCUUGCUGGGCUCUUCCAGAUCUCAUGUCGUUUCCCGAGAGAUUCGGACAAGAUGCUUACGACAAGCUUGAUGUGAUUGGUAUUGACGAGGCACAGUUCUUCGGAGAUCUUUAUGAGUUUUGCUGCAAAGUCGCUGAUGUUGAUGGCAAAACUGUUAUUGUUGCAGGCCUUGAUGGUGAUUAUCUAAGAAGGAGAUUUGGUGCUAUUCUUGAUAUUAUACCAAUAGCUGAUUCUGUGACGAAGCUAACCGCGAGGUGUGAGGUUUGUGGACAGAAAGGUUUCUUCACUCUCAGAAAGACUUGUGACACCAGAAUCGAGCUGAUCGGUGGAGCUGAUGUCUAUAUGCCUGUUUGUCGUAAGCAUUAUGUCAAUAAUCAAAUUGUCAUCAAUGCUUCAAAGAAAGUGUUGGAUUCUGACAAGGAAAGAGCUGAAUCCUGUGUGGACACAGUUGCCGCUAUGGUCUAAGUCUGACUUGCUUUGGAACGAGUUAAACAUAUAAUAUAGUGAGAUUUCUGUCUGCUUUUACUUGUCUUGGUUUAUUAUUCUCACUGUUGUCUUUGAAAACCUCUUAUGAUGUUUCUUGUAUAUGAAUAUAAAUGUUUUAUGAUUCCUCUA